CGCUAAAACUCUUGUCUGUAUUAAUGUGUUGAUCAGCAGGUCGACACCAUCAGCGAAAUUAGUUCUGACCGUUCUGACAAUUCAGAAUUUAAAUCGUUUGAUUAUCUAUUUCUUAUGAAUUUGGACUAUUCUCGUGACAAUCAGCUUCAUUGAUUGUUCCUUUCAUUCCUAUAUUGAAGUGAAAAAUUGGUGGAAGAAGAAGUUUCAUCAGAGAUGUUCCGUAGUGCACCGACUUUCGACAAAUUGCUGGAUAAAGCCACAAGUCAUUUGCAUUUGGAUCCAGACUGGCCCACGAUAUUGCAAAUUUGUGAUACGAUCAGAGCAGGUGAUAUACAGCCAAAAACAGCUCUUGCCCAAAUAAAGAAGAAAAUAACAAACCAGAACCCUCACGUGGCCUUCUUUGGCCUCCUGGUCCUCGAAUCGUGUGUGAAAAAUUGUGGAGCCCUCAUUCACGAUGAAAUCGGCACGAAGCAGUACAUGGAACAAUUGAAAGAGUUGGUGAAAACCACAACCCACGAGAACGUCAAGGCGAAGACCCUUGAGUUGAUUCAGGCCUGGGCGUUUGCAUUUAGAAAUAGUCCCAAGUAUACUGCUGUUAAGGAUACCAUAAGCAUUAUGAAGGCUGAGGGAUACAUAUUUCCCCCGUUGAAGGAGAGUGAUGCAAUGUUCAGUGCUGAUACUGCACCCGAAUGGGCUGAUGGAGAGGUCUGCCAUCGGUGUAGAGUUACUUUCGGUGUAAUGCAGAGGAAGCAUCACUGCCGGGCAUGUGGACAAGUAUUCUGUGGACAAUGCUCCAAUAAAACGUCAACUUUACCGAAAUAUGGAAUUGAAAAACCAGUGAGAGUGUGUGAUGCUUGUUUCGAGCAUGUUAACAGGCCAAGUUCAGCUAAUUCCAAGGAGUCUGACCUGCCUGUCGAAUAUCUCAGUAGCUCUCUAGCCCAGCAACAGCAGGUUCCACCCCGCAAAUCAACAGCAGAGCUCCAGGAAGAGGAGGAGCUACAGUUAGCAUUGGCAUUGAGUCAGAGUGAAGCUGAAGAAAAGGAAAAGGAGAAGAAGAGGAUGACUAAUUCCUAUAAAAAUCACACCCCACCUGUUAAGACUUACUCUCCACCUCCAUCACCAGGUCCAAGUCCCUCGAAACUCCAAGAAGACGAAGCAGUCGACUCAGAGCUUGUGAAAUAUCUCAACCGGCAAUACUGGGAGGACCGUUCCUCAAAGAUCGAGGAUCUCCCAUCAAUACGCCAAGAUGUGACAUCCCCCUCAGCUCCGAAUAUCAGUAGUCCGAUGCCCCAACGAGUGGUGAUCGGCAAGCAACAGAACGGCGAAGUUGACAUAAAAAUGGAUGAGUUCGUUAGUGACCUGCGCUCGCAGGUGGAGAUUUUCGUGAAUCGAAUGAAGAGUAAUUCCUCCCGAGGUCGGCCAAUCUCCAAUGACAGUUUAUCCCAGGACCUCUUCAUGAAUAUACCAACCAAGCAUUCGAGACUUCUAAAGUACAUUCAGGAACACGAUGACACUAGAGUCGGUUACGAGGGCCUACAGGAUAAGUUGACACAGGUGAAGGAUGCCCGAGCAGCCCUUGACGCCCUACGAGAGGAGCACAAGGACAGAUUGAGGAGAGAGGCCGAGGAAAUCGAGAGGAUGAAACAGCUGCAGAUGGCUCAGAAGCUCGACAUUAUGAGGAAAAAGAAGCAGGAGUAUCUGCAGUACCAACGAGAGCUGGCACUCCAGAAAAUUCAAGAAAGAGAGAGGGAACUGCAGAUGCGUCAGGAGCAGCAGAAGCAGCAGUACAUAAUGGGAAAUUACCAGCCAGUUGGAAAUUACAUGGGACAAUCCCAGGGUUCUCCAAUUCGUCAUAUGCAUUACACACCUGGCAGUACGUACCCCAUGUCCCCAACGAGUCAAGGGAUUUACACGUACGGUCCACCACCAAUGGGUAAUUAUCCCAUGCCAGGAAUGCCAGGGAUGCCCUAUGGAAUGCCCCAAAUGCCUUCCAAUCAUAUCCCUCCUCACAUGAUGUCAAACAUCCCAGGUAAUCAAUCAGAUCAGCCUCAAGGACUACCGCAGCAAUCUGGCCCUGGCUCUGGCCCUGGCUCUGAGGGAGUGAUUCCGUCCAGAGAAGGUAUGCCACCACCAGGAAUGAUGCCCCAAAUGGCCAAUGUUCCCCCAAUGCCGCAGAUACCAGGACAUCAGAUGAGUUUGCCUCAAGCCCAAGGGAUGCCAGGGGUACAUCCAGGGGUUGGCCACACCCAAGCGAUCAAUCAAAUCCCUCAAAUUCCAGGAAAUCAAGCAGCUAUGAGACCGCCUGGACCGAUGGGCAUGAGUCAAGUUGGUCCAACAAUUCCUCAGCAUCCCCCUGGCCCAGCUGGACCCCCUGGAGCUGUUAUUUCACAGCAAAUGUCUAUUCCUAGUCAGCCGCCUCAACAAAUACCCUAUCAACAACCUGUCGAACAAUCCACAACGACUGAAACUGUACCCAAAGCUGAGGACCACUCUGCUGAACCUCUCAUUUCAUUUGAUUAAUAUGAUUUAUCCGGAUAUAUUUUGUCCUCAUCACGUUAAUAUAGUUGUUUAUAUUGCUUUAUCUCUGUACCAUCCAUACUCCUUUCUGAUUAAUUUUCAUUUGUGCUGUAAGGAUGUAAACGAAAUUCAGAAUAUACAUAUACCAAUCAGUUGAA